UGUGUCGUGUACCUGGUUUAUUGUGGUAUAUCAUCUAAUCAUGAUUCAUGAAGGAGGAAUGUAUAAGCAUUUAGUAGUAUAAUGUUUUGAUGAGCCGGUCUUUUUGGCUUUUCCAAGCUUUGAUCUAGUUUACUAUUUAAUUAUUUAUUCAAAGGAAAAUGGCAAAUGCAUCACUCUGUGUGGGACUAGUGUGUAUUGAUAUUGUUGCCGAAAGUGAAAGAUUUCCUGUAGAAGACACUGAUCAUAGGAUUCCAAACCUUUCGUACAGAAGAGGAGGAAAUGCGUCCAACUCAUGCUCUGUUUUGUCUCAACUGGGAAUGAAAACAGAGUUUUUAGGAACUCUUUCAAACUCAAUACAACUGGAUUUCAUUCAAAGAGAUUUUGCAGAACACUCAGUUUCAAUUGAACACUGCCCUAUUUUCCCUGAAUGUGAGUUUCCAACAUCCAUUGUGAUACUUAAUGCCUGCAAUAGUACCAGAACCAUUAUGCAUCAUCCAACACAUUUACAAGAGCUGGGUGUCCAACAUUUCACCAAUCUUAAUCUAAACAAUUAUUCAUGGAUUCAUUUUGAAGGAAGGAUUGCUAAUGUCGAUAACAUAAAACAAAUGAUUAAAUUUGUGCGGGAAAAUUCGAAAUCUAUAAAAAUAUCGGUUGAAAUCGAAAAGACACGCACAGUUCUCGGUGAACUCCUCCCACUAGGAGAUGUUGUUUUUAUUUCGAAAGAAUUUUCUCAGUUUUCUGGCUUCCCUACCAUGAAAGAAGCAGUAAAAGGAUUUAUCGGUUUGUCAAGACCAGGGUGCAUUGUCGUAUGUGCCUGGGGGUCAGAAGGAGCGGCUGCAGGACAAAAUGUUGAUGGGACAGAUGUGGUAAAGUGUCAAGGUGCUUCUGCGCCUUGUCAUAUCAUCGAUACGCUUGGAGCUGGGGAUACAUUCAACGCCGCAUUCAUCUAUGGCCAAAUUAACCUGUGGGACUGGAAAAAAGGGCUUGAAUUCGCUUGCCAUAUUGCCGGUUGCAAAAUUGGUUUAAAAGGAUUUCUAGGACUCGGACAGUUCAAGCAGACCUUUUUAUUUGAGGCCUCAGACAAUGACAGAGAGUCGAACUCGGGUCUCAAGAUGGCAUGCACAUCAAGCGACGACCCAUCCAACUCACCUAACCAUUCCCUAUCACAAUAGUUUUAAUUGGUCUAAAUAAAUACCAACAUUAUGAAGGCCUGCUAAAAUCUGGGGUCCGUCUAAUGAGAAACCCGUUUUCGCCUUACACGGUUGGAUAAUGCGGGCAAUUUGAUAAUUUGAUUCCAAUAAUGCUUCCAGACAAUUUGAGAGUAGUCGCUGUUGAUAUCCUGGGUCAUGGACUUGGUGAUUAUUUUCCAAGAGAUAUUAUGUAUCACUGUAUGUAUCACAUGGAUUGCCUUUUAGCUAUUGAGAGAAUAUUACAACAAUUUGAAAUGGGA